AUGGCUAAAAAUCGUGAAAAUCAAAGUACAACAGGGCAUACGGAAAAAAAGAAAAAAACACAAACUAUCGACCAGAAUCGCGAACAGACAGUAACAAUACCACGAGAGAAAAAAAGUUCAUUUUCAUGUGUGAUGUUGAUAUAUUCACUUGUGUUUGUAUCAGGCGUCGUCGUGGCUACAGUGUUGCCAGAAUUAGCUGGUUACCACUUUAAACAGAGUUACGGACAAAAAUAUGGUGUACUGGUAGAAGAAAGAUUCAGAAAAUCUGUUGAUCAUCUUGUUGAAUUUGCAUCAGUUCUUGGUCCCUACGUUCGAGAAACAAUCGGUAAUAUAUUGCCCACAAAAUCCGAAGAUGUUGAUCAAAAUAAACAGUCAAAAAAGACAACGACUACAACAACUUCACGUCCACAGACAGUAACCAGUAAAAAAACUACAAGUGCAACGGUAGAGUCUACAACACCAGCAACAACUACUAUCAAACCAAUAAGCAACCAGAAAAAGAUCUUACCUCAUCGUGUGAUCUAUGGAGCCUUAAAAUCGUCGGAUUUUUCAGCUGGUGUACCUUGUGUGCGAAAAAAGGAGAUGGCGCCAGUUUCAUCUGAUAAACAACUUCCACCCACCGCUAAUGCACAAACGAGCACAAUAGUAAAUCCAAGCCCGUCGUUAACCAUUAAAUCAUCAACUGUUAAGUCAGAUACAAAAGGAGAAUCAAGUACAACUGCGACUCAAGCUGUGUCCAAAUCAACAGAAUUGUAA